AGGACAUGCGAUAGUGUUUACAACUAAACUCCAAUUUUAUCUCCCCAAACAUGUGUUCAUUGUAGAAUAGCAGUAGUGUUUAGUGAAAAGUAAUUUAUAUUUGUUGUGCUAAAAUGGAGAUCGAAGAGCGCCACAGUGAGUUGCGGAGGCGCUUGGAUGUGCUUGGUUUUGGACAUCCACUGCCACUCGGUGCCAUCGGGAUCGUAUCGGCAAUCCUAGACGAUCUGAUACAAACAUCGGAAAAGUUAAAAUGUGCCAACCAACAGAUUGACCAGCUGUAUCAGGAAAAGGUCGCCUGGGAGCUGGGGGUCGAACCGUACAAGUGCGAUAACUCUCGUCUGCUGGCCGAGUGCAACGAACUGCAUCUGGAGCUGAUCAGGCAGCAGGACAAGCACAUCCUGGCAAAUACGGAGCUUCGGUCAAGGUUGCGAUCGCUGCAGGCGGAGAAGAAGCAGCUGGAGGAAAAAUGUGUACAGGCGGAAAGUAGAGUUCGAGAGUUGCAAACGAACAGCGAUGGCGUCAAGUCCCGCAAGAAUAGUGUUAAUACGCAACGCAAACCGUUUAUUUCUACCGUGAGGGCGGGUGGUUUUUACCAACCGCCAAAGUGCUGCGAGCAAGGCAUGCAACCACAAGGAUUGCCACCGACCUGCCGUUGUCCGUGUAAUCAAAUGAAGCAGACGGACGUCCUGCACGAGGUGGAACGGUUACAGGUGGAAACGAAAAAUCAGCAAGGGGUCAUCGAUGCCCUCAAGAAUCAGCUGAAUUCCCGUGACCGCGAAAUUCAGCGACUUGGUUCGCUAUUUGCCGGUGGACGUCCGACAGCGGCACUAGCGAAAGACUGCUGUUAUCGUGGCGUUGAUGUCCUUGGCCAUGAUGUCGAAACGCUCCAACAGGAGAAGGUCGCGCUCCAGCAGAAGCUUACCGACGCACAGGAGUCGCACGAGCGAACCGCUCGCAAGCUGACACGUCUCUCGGAGAAGAAUCAACAGUUGGAGAAGGAGCUGCGUGAAUUUGAAAAUGUCGCAUUGAAGGUGGAAUCGGAAGCCAACCUUAACAUCCUCGAGUGCGAUCGCAAGAACUCCGAUCUGUCCGUAAAGCUUCAGCAGUCGCAGCUGAGAGUACGCGAGCUAGAGUCGCUGCUGGAGAUGUGUUCAUCGCGGGCUUGUAAAAUUCACCAACUUUCGGAUAGUUCCACUUCGUCGCCAAGCAGCUGUCUGGCGGGUGGUGGUGCGAGCGGUUUGGAUGUGACGCUUCAGAAUGCACUUAAGCAGGCGACCGAAGAGAAGCGCCAGCUGUACAAGCAGCUUGACGAACUGAAGGAUCGCGAGAGUAACAUCCUUUCAGACUAUGACAAGGUGAAAACGAAGUACACUAAAUUGAAGCAAAAAUAUGCUGCCCUCGAUCAGGCGCAGGGUUCGCAGCAUCGUACCUCGAACGAGGAGCUGGAGGCUCUGCAGGGUCGGUGUGGGGAGUUGGAGGAAAAAUUGCGAAACCUCAAGGAAGAGCGCGAUCGAUACAGCUCGGAAGCGGACCGUCAGCGGAGCACAGUCUCACAGCUGAAACGGGAAAGCGUGGAGAAGGAUCAUGAGCUAUCGCAGCUGAAGAGUGAGCUGCAUAUGCACCGUAAAUCGAACCGACCAUCCACAUGCAGCCUAGCCGGCGGUCGAUUGAAGACGGCUGAAUCAAACGUUUCUACCCACUCGUCGCUGUCCGUGCAAGCGGCUAUGCAUCGCAUUGAACGGGAACGUGAUGCGGCCAAAUGCGAGGCGCGACAGCUUGAACAGGAGCGCGAUGCCUUGCGGGAAAAGCUCCAACUGUCUACGCGCAGCCAGCGCGAUUCGGUGGCCAAGCACGAGAGUGUAAUCGAGGAGUACAGUACGCAAGUGGUAAAGUUGGAGGCGGAAAAGCGCGACUUAAUGUGUGGACAGGCGGCGGCACAGACAAAGGUAAAGCUUCUGAAGGAAGAGCAACGCGAGAUGCAAGAAAGGUUGAAGGCGUUGGAGGAGAGUUACAGUAAGCUGAAAAUUUCAUACUCCCAGUUGAAAAUCCUUCAAGAUCAGACAGAACGAGCGCUUGCACAAAAUGAAAACCGUUUGAUGAGCUCUGAAACGCAGCUCGGUUCGGCGGAAGCCAAACUGCAUCAGGUUGACGAAACGGUCGAGGACGCACAAAAAGAGGUCGGCCAUUUACGAGGCGAGAUAAGUGUCCUGCGAGCUGCAAACGCGGCGCUUGAGCGAGAAAAAGAUAAGCUGUUGAUGCAACUGGAUAAGAAGACGGAAACUUUGUUCACCGCGGAAGCGGAGCUGACGUCGUUGAAAACGAAGAAGAAAGACCUGCAGUCGACGAUCGAUCGGAUGCAGCGCAAACUCGACAAUGUUAGUUCAGAUAACAUGCAUAAAGAAAGCACUUUGCGAAGCGUUUCAACCGAGACGGACACCCUGAAAAAGCAGAUGGCGACACUGAAGCGUAUCAAAGACAACGCUUCCGCGGAGAAUGGACGCCUCUCGAACGAGCUGACCGAUGCCCUAGCCGAACUGACGGUAACAAAGCGAAAGCUCAAGGAUUCCCAGCAGGAGGUGGAGAGAAUGAAAACGCAACUUCGGGAGUAUGUACAGGAAAUGCAGCGCGCAGAGGAGCUGCUGUUUACGAAGGAGCGAGAACGGGAAGAAAUGCUUGAGCGAUACAAAUCCCUUUCGGAAGGAGUGAACGUGUUGGAGACGAGCAAUCACACACUCGAGGCGGAAACAAGCGAAGCAAAAAAACUGCUCCAAGAGGCGGAAGAUCGCAUAACCAGCCUAGAGGAGCUGGUGAACAUGCGGGAACAUGACAUCCGGGAGUGUGAGCGCCAGAUGAAUGAACUGUCUGCCAAAUUGGCCGCGGCCGAGUCGGAAAUAGAGUCGCUCCGGGACGAGAACCAUGCGCUCGCGAUGGAUCUGGAGGCCACCAAGGAGUUAUGCAGCAAGCUUGACCUGCAGAAGGAUAGAUUGAACGCCGAGCUGCAGGAACAUUCGGACAUUCGCGAGCAGCUGGCGCGGGAAAAGGGCACCCUGCAGAAGCAGCUUACGUUGACCCGAGUUGGAGACCGGGCGGCCGUCGACGGGCUGCAGGAGCUACUGACGGCCAGCCGGUCUGAACUCGAGCAGCAGCGCAUAGCGAUGGCACAGCUGAAUCAGGAGACGCAGCAACUGCGCGGAGAAAUAGAAACUCUCACGCAGCGCCUGACGGAGGAGCAAGAUAAGGCGAGAAGCAGUGAAGCACUAGCGCGCGAGUACAGCGUGCAGCUACAGGAGCUGAGGCGGAUGUUGACCGACAAACGGUUUGCGCAGAUUCGUUCGCGAACGGCUGAUUCAACCGAGCGCGAGGACUACGACGAAGAUGACGAUGGUAAUAGGUACUCAACGAUGUAGUGACACUGGCGUUUUGGUCAGAUAUUUUUAGUCGAUAUUUGCACGUUCCAUUUUUUACUUUACAUGCUUACACAUUCGAAAACACAAAAAAAUAUGCCUAGAAUUAGACGGUACUUAGCGGUG